AUGACUCCCCUACAAAUCGCCAAGAAUCCCACCGCAAGGAAAAGACUCCUCAUCGGCGCCUCAGCAGGACCAUUCUCAUGCAUCGCAGGAAACAUCAUCGCAUCCUACUAUCUCGGAGCCCAACUAGACACGGCGGGAAUCACCGAUAGCCUCCAACAGCUCAAAGCCAACGUCGUUCUCAACGUCUUCUGUCUAGGUUGCAGUCUCCUCGGCACGCAACUUUGUGCUGGCUGGGGACGCAAACCGACGGCUCUGACGACGCAGUGUCUCCUAGUGACCUGCAUGUUUAUCAUUGGAGGCCUCUCGAAGCUCUACGYGAGCAAUCCCGACGGUGCAUCGAGUAGUUUGAUCUACGGGAAUGUUGCGACCAUUUUUUUGUUUCAGGGGUUCUAUUCCAUGGCUUGGACUCCUCUUCUGUAUCUUUACCCUCCGGAAGUCAUGAACUAUUCUAUUAGAGCUAACGGUCUGGCGUUCUCGUCGCUGUCGUUGAAUGUCCUUGCGCUCGUCCUCGUGUUUGUGAUGCCCAUUGGUUUGAACAACAUCGGCUGGAAAAUGUAUAUGAUCAACGGUGGCUGGGACAUUAUUGUUGUCGUGCUCAUCGCUGUGUAUUGGGUGGAAACCAAAGGGAAAAGUCUCGAGGAAAUCGACGCCCUCUUCGACGGUCAUAAACACUCUGAUKUCCCGGACGUGGAGCUUGUUCGACGCGGACAGGCGACAUUGGAUAUUGCGGGGAUUGAGCAAGAGCUCGACACGCAGAUUGUGGUCGAAACGAAGGCUGCGUGA